GACACUUGAAACUAAAGUUCAAAAAUGGCUUCUUUGCCUUGUUAUUCUCUGUGCUUCUUCCUCUUCGUCUUCUCGGCGCUGUUUAUUACCCUCGAUGGGGCUUUCUACCGGGACGUCUCCGGAGCGGUGCCGGCGAAGAGGGUGAAGAAGACGAGCCACUUCCAUUUCUACUUCCACGACUUCACAACCGGGCGAAACACCUCCGCCAAGAUAGUUGCGCCGCCGUCGGCGGGGCUCUACGACUUCGGCACCACUUUCAUGUUCGACGACGCUUUGACGGAGACCCCUGACCGGAGAUCGAAGCUCGUCGGGAGAGCGCAGGGGAUGUACGCCGUGACGGCGCAGCAGGAGCUGGACUUGCUGGUGGUGGCCAACUUCGCGUUCACGGAAGGUAAGUAUAACGGGAGCAGCAUCGCCGUUGUGGGGAGAAAUCCGGUGGCCGACGACGUCAGAGAAAUGCCGGUGGUCGGUGGCAGCGGCCUGUUCCGGUUCGCCCAAGGCUACGCCUUGGCGCACACCGUCUCGUUCGAUCGGAAGACCGGAAAUGCCGUCGUGGAAUACAAUGUGUUUGUCCAACACUUCUGAUACGUAUCAUAUCAUAUAUCCAUCGCUUCAAUUCCUUCAUAUUUUGAUAUCUUACUAUUGUUAUUCAUCAAUAACACAAAACCAUGAUGCAAAUAUAUUUUAUUGGUGAACUGGCACCGGACGGAGUUGGUCUAUCGUUGACUUGAUAAAUUAUAAGAUUCAAGUUUAUUCUCUUGAUCA